ACGUCGCAUUUGGAGUUGUAGGCCAUUACUAACAGAAGAAGAUUAUAGUGAGAAUUCUUAUGUAAUUCAUGCGACAAGCAAAUCUUCACAGAGUAGAAAAAAUCAGAUGAGUUCUAUGAAUUUAGGGAAGAAACCUGACCUUCAAGUUUUAUUGAAAUUAGAUAUAGAGGCAAAUGAGUUGGUUUUAGUGGAGAUUUCAUGCUUAUUUCCAGAACCAAAUAAGGAAAUUUUUAGAUUGGAAGAAGCUGAGGACACUUCUUCCGAGGCAAGGUUAAUAUAUUGUGAAUUAGAAAAAAUUCCCGUCUUAGGAAUCCAGAUUACUAUACCUUUACAAAUUUCCACACAUCAGGUUUUUGAAGAAUUUUUAAGGAGUAGUCUCAAGUUAAGGGCUAUAGUUGAAGAGAUUGUCAGAAUGUCA